AUGAUCGAAAUCAUGUCGUCAACAGCGCCCUCACCACCGCCUGUGCCAGAGAAGACGCCAGUUCGACCCUAUUAUGCGCCUCUGGUUCCCUCCCCACUGAACCCGAAGAACUGCUUCCAAAUAACCCCCCCAACAUUACCACCAGGAUCUCCAUCUCCCAGAACACCACCACCUAAAAGACCCAGUCUCCGCAGGCCAGCCUCCCAGACGAGCCCGACUCAGAUCCUUCUUCGUCAAAAGGCCGCCGCCGCCUUUAGGUCAGAGAGCCUGAUCAAGGCUUACAGCAGCAACAACAACAACUACAUCUCCCUCGGGAGCAGUCGCCGCCACGCCAGCAGCCGGAACCCAUUCCUCAACAUGACCCAGCACCAGAACCUCACAACCGCUGACACCAUCGACAUUCUCUAUUCCCUGGAUAUUGGCGAUGAUGACGACACCAACCCCACAGGCGACCUCGGUCUGAUCACGCCAGGCAACAACACCAGCAACAAGCCACUGCCGCCAGUCCCCAUGCCCCCUCCUCUAUUUUCGUCUUCUUCCCCAGGGCAGGACCCCAACAGCGACAGCCCACCAGAGCGAGAAGACCAUCGGCUUCAAGAAAAAGAUGACCUCGACCUCCUUAGUUCAACCCCCUAUCACGAGGACUACGACUACGACCACAGAGACAAGGAGGAGAUCGACCUCGAGAACGGCUGUUACUUUGAGCGGGAAAGGGCAACACUACCCUCGGGAAGGACAGCCUCUUUUGACGACUCGGGAUGGAGGGGACGAUCGACGCUAAGGAAGGCAAGACGCGGUGGUGGCAGUGGUGCUGAACACAGGUCAGGGGUCACAAGGCUUGUGAUCCACCUCGGCCGAGGGCUGGUGAUACUGGGGAUCGUGAUCUGGUUUGUGCUGCUUCACGGGCUUUUGAGGACCUUUGGCGGGGCGAGGAGGCCUCCUCCUCCUGACUCCAGCUUGGGGUCUGCUUCUGAUUUGGAGGCAUAG